AUGGCGACGUAUGCUGUGCUCGGCGCCACGGGCAACUGCGGCACCGCUCUCAUCGACAACCUCCUGCGCACUGAAGGUGCAAGGGUCAAUGCCUAUUGUCGCAAUAAGAGCAAGUUAAUCCAAAAGGUCCCUCAAGUGGACGGCAACAAGCGAGUCCAAGUCUAUGAGGGCAGCAUCUACGACAUUGACCUUUUGGCCGAGUGCGUCCGCGACACGCGGGCAAUUUUCCACGUCGUCACCACCAACGAUAACGUUCCCGGAUGCCGUGUCGGCUUGGAUACGGCGAAAAGCAUCAUUUCUGCCCUGGAGAAACUCAAGGCCAACUCACAACCCGGCAUGAAAUUGCCCAAGAUCGUCCUUCUCUCCUCGGGCACCAUCGACGACCAUCUGAGCCGUCACAUGCCCUGGUGGUUCCGCCCAAUCCUGCGGACCGCCGCAUCGCACGUCUACAACGACCUGCGCCAGACCGAAGUUUUCCUGCGCGCCCAGCAAGACUGGGUCUCGACGAUCUUUAUCAAGCCAGGUGGUCUAUCUGUCGACGUGCAGCGCGGCCACCAGCUCAACCUUGACCAUGAUGAAUCUUUCGUUUCAUACCUCGACCUCGCCGCCGGCAUGAUUGAGGCCGCCGACGACCAGGAGAGUCGUUUCGAUAUGAAGAAUGUCAGUGUCGUCAACAAGAAUGGUUCCGCAAAGUUUCCCCCGGGUACCCCGCUGUGUAUUCUGACGGGUCUCGUGAGGCACUUUUUCCCCUUUUUGCACAACUAUCUUCCUUCGACUGGUCCUAGCUAG